AUGCUUCCGACCUUCUGCACCCCCUUGACGGUGCUGGAGCAUACGUUGACUUCGUUGGCUCAGUACAGCCAGGCCAAAGGGCAGCUGGCCGUUUGCUUGGCAUUCGAGGAACGUGAAGAAGAAGCGCAGGAGAAGGAAAAGUCUUUGAGACAGAUGUUUGCUGAUACGUUUUUCUUCAUCCAUGCGACGUACCAUCCCUCCAACCUUCCAAACCAUCUGCCUGGAAAGUCUUCCAACGAGUGCUGGGCUUUUCAACAGCUGUGUAGAGAACUGGAAGAGGUGUACCAGAUUAUGCCGGAGGAUCCCAGGGUUGUCAUCACGGUGAUAGAUGAUGACUCUGACAUGCAUGGCAAGUACUUCGAGGCGCUGACACACCACUUCGUGGCAGCAGGGCCCAGCAGAAGGUACUUGAAUCUGUGGCAGGCCCCCAUCUGCCACUUCAAGAACUUCCUGAGGCAGCCGCUGCUCGUCAGAAUUUCCUCGCUGUUUUCCACUCUGAACGAGCUGUCUUGCCUAGCGAACCCGUGGGAUUGCCACGUCCCUUACUCCAGCUACUCGAUCAGCUUUGCGCUCGCAUGCGCUGUCGGUGGCUGGGAUCCCGAGUACUUGGCAGAGGACUGGCACAUGUUCGCCAAGUGCAGCCUCAAGACAAUGGGCAGGGCCAAGUGUGUGCCGAUUUUCCUUCCCGUCCUCAACUACACACCUGAGGAGGAUACGUAUUGCUCGACUCUCUGGAGCCGAUGGACACAGGCCAAGCGCCACGCCUUGGGAGUCAGCGAAGUCGUGUACGUGCUGUCAUUCUCCUUCCUAGCAGUGCUGGAGCUUCGAUCCUGCAGGCAGGCUUUGGUCUUCCUGUGGCGAUUGCUGCCACUGUUGGCCAAGUUUGCCCAGACACACUUCGUGAAUGGUGUCGCGGCCGUCUGGAAUGUCAUGGCGCAGAUUGUCAUCCACUUCUACAUGUUCGGGUCCUGGUGUGACCUGCAGCUCUUCGCCGCUCCCCAGAUGUGUCCCCUCGGCGCUUGGAGUACGGCGGACCUAACACAGGAGCAAGUACUCCGGAAUAGUCUCCUUGUCUUCCUGCAGCAACGUGGAACGGCCCUGAUGGCGUUCGCCAGCAUCUUGUCGGGCGGUCUGGGAGCCAUCUAUUUUCAUAUGGUGAAGGACCGUGUGGAGGGCAAUGUGGAUGAACACUGGAAGAUGAGGAACUUGCCGUUGAUGUGGUUGAUCAUCGAAUUGGAGGUCUCCCUUUGCGGCCUGGUGCAGUCCUUCGUCUUCGGUGCCCUUCCGCUUUGGAUCGCAUGCAUACGGAUCAUGUCCAGUGUCAGGUUUUCGCACGUCGCUGCAGGUAUGGUCGGCCGAAGCACUGGCGAAGUUUCGGAAUAUCCUGUGGACUUCGACUCCUCGUGGGCGCAGGGCCGAAAGGCUUGGGAGGUGUGGCUGGCGGCUUUUGACGCCUGGGACCACGAGCGGAAACGUCUAUGUGAGGUGUACCUUCGCCUCGGUGAUGAUAAGGAUGCCGCAGAGGCUGCGGAGCUCGCCCGGGGAAAGUUUCCCAAAGCGCCGAACAUGCCCGAGUCCGUGGUUGCCUUGUACCAGGCAGCAUACGACGGCGAUGUCGUGGCGCUGGCGGAUAUGCUAGAGGAUGAAGAGAUUGACAUUUGCUGCAAAGAUCACAACUUGCAGACGCCAUUGAUGUUCGCCGCAGUCAGUGGCAGCUUGGAGUGUGUGGAAUACUUGGUGGACAUGGGUGCUGAUAUUGCUGCAACCGACAAUACAGAGGAGCUUGCUGCAUUUCACAGAUAA